AUAUGGCAAGCAGCAUUAAAUACUUUGAACCCCAACCCCACCGACAGCUGUCCCCUCUACCUGAACCAUGCUACAGUAGCUGCUUUACCUUCCCGGGUGAGUCGACAUAACAGCCCGUCUGCUGCUCAGUUCCUGACCCGAGUUAUUCGAACAUGCUUGCCUGGAGGAACCAAGAGAUGUAUCCUUAUGGUGUGUGAGCGCUCAGAGGUCUUUGCUUCAGCUUGUGCCAUAGCUCGGGCCUUCCCACUCUUCACCCAUCGCUCCAGUUCAUCUAGGCGUACGGAGAAGAAGACCGUAGUUGUGGAGUUUUUCCUAAUUGGGCAGAACAAUGGCCCGGUGGAGGUCGAGAUGUUGAAAUGUCUGGAAAGUGCUACAGAAGGGGUUAGACUGGCAGCUCGAAUCGUUGACACCCCUUGCAACGAAAUGAACACUGACAGUUUCCUGGAGGAAAUCAGAAAAGUGGGAAAGGAUCUGGGGAUUGUUCCAACUAUUUUUCAAAAUGAAGAACUGAAGGAGAAAGGAUUUGGAGGCAUCUAUGGGGUUGGGAAAGCAGCCAUUCACCCACCUGCUCUAGCUGUGCUCAGUCAUACCCCAGAAGGUGCCACACAGACUAUUGCCUGGGUUGGAAAGGGCAUUGUCUAUGACACUGGAGGACUCAGCAUCAAAGGAAAGACAACAAUGCCUGGGAUGAAACGAGAUUGUGGUGGAGCUGCUGCUAUUUUGGGUGCCUUCAAGGCCACUGUGAAACAAGGCUUUAAAGACAAUCUUCAUGCAGUGUUUUGCUUGGCUGAGAAUUCUGUUGGACCAAAUGCAACAAGACCUGAUGAUAUUCAUAUUCUUUACUCGGGAAAAACUGUGGAAAUCAACAAUACUGAUGCUGAGGGGCGGCUGGUGCUUGCGGACGGAGUCUCCUACGCUUGCAAAGACCUUGGCGCUGACAUCAUUCUCGACAUGGCCACUCUCACAGGUGCUCAGGGAAUUGCCACGGGGAAGUACCACGCAGCUGUCCUCACCAAUAGCGAAGAGUGGGAACAAGCCUGCAUCAAAGCGGGCAGAAACUGUGGUGAUCUGGUUCACCCCCUCGUCUAUUGCCCCGAGCUCCAUUUUAGUGAAUUUACCUCAGCUGUAGCCGACAUGAAGAACUCAGUGGCAGACCGGGAUAACUCUCCCAGCUCCUGUGCUGGACUUUUUAUCGCUUCACACAUCGGGUUUGACUGGCCUGGUGUUUGGGUCCACGUAGACAUUGCAGCCCCGGUCCACGCGGGGGAACGAGCCACUGGCUACGGCGUGGCUUUGUUGCUGUCACUCUUUGGCCGGGCCUCUGAAGACCCUCUGCUGAACAUGGUCUCUCCAUUGGGCUGCAGCGGAGACCCCUUGGAAGACGACAUGGGGAGAGAUUGCAAGAGACGGCGCUUGGUUUAAUCCCCCCCCCCCCCCCCAUUUUGGAGCUGGCAUGCCAGAAUUACCUCACUUUGCACUGAUCAAUUUCCUAAACCCUAAAAUUAGCAUGUGUCAGAAAUGGCCAUUUCAAGUAUAAAACAAAAUAGACAUGAAAGUUGUUGUUGCUUAUAUUCUGGUUUUCCAUCUCGUGAUGAUGAAAGGCCCAGUUGUACUGGUUUUAAGAAUGGUUUGCAUUAGGGUUUCUCGCUAACAUGUAACGACUCUGCGGCUCCCAGCCCUUGUUGAGAAGGGCCCAAGAAUGUUUCUGACCUGUUCCCCUUUCAGAAAGUAUCUGAACCUAUUAAUACAACCGCUUGACCUCUUACUACUUGUAGAGCCUUUUGAAUUAGUACCCUGGAUUUUCACUCUGCCAGGGCUUUCUCAGUCCCCUGUCUUUCAAAAUAUAUAAAGUAGAGGGGAAAACAGAAUGCAGCUGUCACCUUACCAUCUAGACCAAGUGCAUACUAUACGGUUAAAGGCAGGAGCUCUGCUUCCAGGCAUUCUCUCUCUGGACUCCUGUUCCCUUCUGCCCUGCCUGUUGGGCAACUCAACCUGCAGUCCUUUUUGUCCCCUGCAGGUAGGUGAGCAAGACUAGAGCGGGAAGAGCUGGAAGGAACAGUGACUGUUUUGCCCUGCAUCUGCUUACGAUGUAAGGUGGCAAUCCUGGGAUAAGAACCACUUUGGGCCCUGCUGUAUUCUAUGACAUCAAUGGAGGCCUUAAUCUCUUUUUUUUAAAAAAGGCUUUUAAACAAAACUCUCCCUCAUAUGCUCUUCUUGCAUGAUUAUUUUAUCAGUGUGACCCAGUGUAUAUCUCCAUGAAGUUCUUAACACUCUUUUGCUGAUGAACUGCAUUAAUGUUUAGAAUUAAAGCCCAUGCAAGAGGUAACCACGCCAGAAUAAACUUCUCUUGUCUCAACA